AAAUCACCCACAAUGGAAAUGCCCAAUCCUAAAUCACCCAGGAACAAAGAGAAGAUUAUGGAAUACACCACGGUCCCACAGACUGUCGGUAACCCCAGUGGAUUCAAAAACCAUCCCAGUGUCCUGUUUUCGGUGGUUUCGGGGCUUCUUGCCAUCUUCUUCGUCAUUGUUCUCCUCUUCACUCUCUGGUUCUGGAAUAAACGGAAAAAACAACAAGUAUCUUACUUCCGUGUCACUGUUGUUCCCUUGGUGACGCUGUCUCAAUCCAGAGAACGAGCGAAAAACAUCUAUGGGUUUCUGCCCCAAAGUCAAGCAAGGCCUGGUCGGUGUCACUCAAGAAACAUUCGUAUUUUCAGCACUGAGAGUCUCAUUCCCUGUAAUUUGGACAAUCCUAACUCUGAGCAUGUGUUCUCACCAACAGUACAUGUCCUCCAGUCACACAGAACCAGUGUCCCUACCAUUGGAUAUGCGGUUGGCAUCUAUGAUAACACUGCUCUAUCCCAGGUCUGUGAGAACCUUGUCCCUGCAGUAGACUACGUCAAUGUUGGAGCAUCCAUAGAAAGCAUGAGCACCUCUUCAGAGGAUUCACAGGAUUAUGUCAAUGUGCCCAAUGCUGAAGAGGUUUCCCGGAAUCCAAGUAUAAUGAACUCCUUAUCUGGGAAUCUCCAGGACCCUCAAACAUCUGAGGAGGGUGAACUCAGUGCAGAAAGAGACAGCAGCUCUAGGGAUGCUGAAGACUGCACCAGUAUUUGGGUUCUAGGCCUUGAGGAUAGUGACUAUCAUGGGGAUGCAGAGGGCUCUUCUCAGUCCUCUGAUGACUAUGUAAAUGUGCCAGCAGCUGAUAACGAGGAGGAUCAGGGCAGACAACACUGGGUGACCUUUCAAGACUGCCGGGCUUAUGACAAUGUCCUAUGGGCUGAGCCUAAUAGGAAAAAGCUGUAUACAGGGGGAGGCUUGACAUCAACAAAUAUAGGAGGCAUUCUGGGUUGGACCCCCAGUCUCCCUUCUGAUGUCCAAUGUGAAGAGCCAAGAGAGAACUCACUUGACUUCUGGGGUUAUGAGAACAUUGAGCCAUUAUCACAGGAUGAAAACAGCCAAGAGACAACUGGAGAAAUGGAUAGUGAAGAAUCCAAUGACUAUAUCAAUGUUCCAGCUCUGGUCGAAGAGGGGAAGCUCAACAUUGAGCACGAGACUGAGGAGAGGAUACUGACUACAGAACAAAAGCCCACUAACCAGGAUGGAGAUUUCUGCACAUGCAAAGGCUUCUUUCUGAUAAAUAUGGGAGCUAAAGUUGAAAGAGGAUGCUUGCUAGUUGUGACGAAGGCCCAGAUACCACAUACUAAAACAGCACGGGCAUUUCCUUUUCGGGAAGUCACAGAAAACACCGAAGAAGAAACCAACUCGGCAGCCAUACCAGGGGCCUGUGUUCUGCAUUCUGGGAAAUGCUAAUCAGAUACCUCAGAGUGACUGGGGCAUUUUCUAAGUUCACUUAAAUUUAGAGAGCAUUAUAGCACUUGGAUAAUGUCAGCAAGUAAGAUGAUUUUAACACAUAGUUAGCAAGAGGAAUUCGUUAAAAUGGGAGGCUACCCUUCCCCUUACCCCAUGGCCAAUCAGUCCUAAGGUGAACUCCUCCUGGGACUGGCCAGUCCUCAGUGGUCUUCCCGAAGUGAACUCUCAGUAUU